AUGUUCCAUCGGGCGAGCGCGACCCUCUUCGCCUGUUUAUGUUACGCCCUGACGCUUUAUAACAUCCCGUCCAAGUAUGCGCAUGCGGUUAGCCCCAAAAGGCAAAUCACAAACCCAUUUUUCCUACCCACACAUUUUAACGGAGUCUUCAGUCCCAGCAGGAAAACAUUUCACAUAAGAAACGCUAAUAGGAAGGGUUGUGCUGUUACUGUGCCCACUUACACCACGGAACAUGGUGAAGAGAAGAAAUAUAUAGAGGCGUACUACUCCGAGGGCGAGAGAGCCAAGUGCUCCCCGCUCCACUCACAAGGGGGUGACGUCGCCCCUGGGGCAGACACCAACGUAGGUGUUGUCAGAUUAACCGGGAAGAAGAAGCUAGACGAGCCCAACGAUAAUGCGAUGAAAGAUGGACCGAAGCACGACAGUACAACAUCAGCAGUGAAUCCACCGCAGGAUGAACCGAUGAACUCAGGGAGAGAAACCCGAAUAGUAAAGUACGAACAGAAGGACCGUGUAAAGCCCCCCUUAAACGAGCCCCAAGCGGCUACUCACACCGCCAAAUAUGCUAACCAUGACAACGAUGCGAACGGUGUCACCACUUCGCCGAAGCAGGAAGAAGACCAGCCUCCCCCUGCCCCCGCGCAGCUACAACAAAAGAGGAAAAAAAAAAAAAUACAAAAUGAAGAGGUUCGGAAAAAGCUAUCCGAGCUAGCCAAACUCAGAUGGAGAGAUCAAGAAGAACGAAAAAAAUUGUUAAGAUGUAAAAAUCAAUUUAGGCAUUCUGAAAAAACGAAACAAUUAUUAUCAUACAAAAUUAAAUUAAAAUGGACAGACGAAAAUUAUCGCAAAAGCAUUAUUGAAAAAACCAGGAUAUUUAAUCAGGACGAAAAUACCAAAAGGAGGAAAUCAAUUUUACUUAGACAAAAGUGGAAAACAAAAGAGUUUCGCGACAAAAUGCUAAGUGGCAGGAAGCCCUUCACGUUGGAGAGGCGAAAGAGGAUCUCCGAGAUUAUUAAGCAGAAGUGGCGGGAAGACGAUUACAAGCAGAAAACGCUGCAGGCCAUAAAGGACAACUACAAGAAAAGGAAGUUGCAGGUGGGCCUCAACCCCAACUUUAACUACGUCCAAAACGCCAUGCUCUUCAAGCGGCUCGGACUCAUCGCCCCCAAAAUAAGAUUCUUCCCCAGCAUUCACAGGGAAAAGCUCCGCGGGAAAAAAAAAAGAAAAAAAAAGAAAAAGGAGGGAAAGGACCCAGAGAACUACAAGGAGAACUGGAGAAACAUCUACGACAGUCUUUUGGACACAAAGGAGUUUGAGCAUUCGCUGGUCUACAUGAACCACGUCGGCAACUUGAGCGUCAGCACAAAUACGUGA